AUGGUGGUAACGACCACUGGUUCGGGAGCCAGCGGAGAAAUGACAGUGCGUUGUGCCACCAUGCAAAGCAGGAGCAAUGGUGGAAAUGGGUAUAUUGAAGGUAAAGAGCUAGAAAACUUUUUCCAAGAGCUGGAGAAGGCAAGAAAAGGCUCUGGAAUGAUGUCAAAGAGUGACAACUUUGGGGAGAAGAUGAAGGAGUUCAUGCAGAAAUAUGACAAGAACUCAGAUGGGAAAAUCGAAAUGGCAGAGCUGGCGCAGAUCCUGCCGACGGAGGAGAACUUCCUUCUGUGCUUCAGGCAGCACGUGGGCUCCAGCACCGAGUUUAUGGAGGCUUGGCGGAAGUAUGACACAGACAGAAGUGGCUACAUUGAAGCCAACGAACUCAAGGGAUUUCUGUCUGACCUGCUGAAGAAGGCAAACCGGCCAUAUGAUGAGCCCAAGCUCCAAGAAUAUACCCAAACCAUACUACGGAUGUUUGACCUGAACGGGGAUGGCAAAUUGGGCCUCUCGGAGAUGUCCCGACUGUUGCCUGUACAGGAAAACUUCCUGCUUAAAUUUCAGGGUAUGAAACUGACCUCUGAGGAGUUCAAUGCGAUCUUCACAUUUUACGACAAGGACGGGAGUGGCUACAUUGAUGAGAAUGAGCUGGAUGCCCUGCUGAAGGACCUGUAUGAGAAAAACAAGAAGGAAAUGAAUAUCCAACAGCUCACCAACUACAGAAAGAGCGUCAUGUCCUUGGCUGAGGCGGGGAAGCUCUACCGCAAGGACCUGGAGAUUGUCCUCUGCAGCGAGCCCCCCAUGUAA